AGUGCUAUUCUAAUGCCGAAAUAGUUAUUCCGUGAUCAUCCUUCAAUCACGUGUUAAAAUGCAUGGAGACGAUUAUACGAGAAAGGACUUUGGAUCCUGCUUGCCGCUAUUCUUCUUUAAUGGGGUCUCCACACUUGAGUUCAGAGUUGGCGCCUCCUUUUCAAUCUAGUUCAAGAAUCACUGCUAAUUUGGCACCUGAAUCAAUUCAUGGCUCCUCUAUUUCUAACUUCUCUACAGCGCUUGGAUAUCGACCUAAUGGACAGCAUAGAGUGGUUGCUAACUUCUCUUCUUGUUCGAACGGUAGAGUUAUGGAUUCAAUUGGCAGCAUUUUGGGAACAAAUUUCGCUCAUCAAGCUUCUGAUUCAUCAUAUUUGUGUUCUACUCCCUGUAACGCUUUGUUAGCAAGAGCUGUCCAGAACAACGGAGCAAGUUCAAAUAUAUUAUGUGUACGUGAUAAUGGAUCGAGGUCUCUCAAUGAUCAAACUAGAAUGAUCUUUGAGCAGUACAAUAUAUAUGAUAAUACACAUUUGAGCUCGGGCUCUGAAGCAUGUGUUCCUUGGAUGCGCAAUUCAUCUCUAUCAGCACUUGGUUCCUGCAGGAAAUCUAAUUUUAUGGAUAAAUUCAAUUGCGAAUCCCCCUGUGUUACUGGACUGUGCUGGAAUGGCUUCUAUUUUGGGCUUAGGGGCAUCGAAGCGGGCCACGAAGCAUUCACAAAUUUCCAGAAUCAGUUCUGGAGGCGCAUGAUUUAUUACAAGGGCAAUCUUCUCAGGAUACCCAAUUUAGUAACAAUCAUCACCAUGUAUUGCAAAAAGAAGAUAACUUUGGGCAGCAAAAGGAGUUGACUGAGAAAAAUGCUGUAGGCCCUUCACAGUGGAACAGUAAAUUAAUUGAUUUUGCUCAGGUGAACAGUAAUGUUGCAGAAACUCAUGAAAAGUCUCCUACCUCGAGUAACAAAUUGGGCUUGGAGAAAUUGAUUAAUUUUCUAGUUCUUUAUGAACAUGUAUUGAGCUGCCCACUUCGUGAAAGGGAAUGUGAUGUACACCUUUGUCCAAAUUUUAAAGAGAAGCUUAAUCACAUUUUGAAUUGUAAUGUUAAAGGUUGCGAAAAAAGUUGUUAUGGGCCCGGGGUAAUCAUCGAUCAUUAUAGCAAGUGCCGCUCAAUUGAAUGCUAGUUGUGUGGUCCAGUCUGGAGAAAAUUAGCAGAAGUUCCUGACCAGCUGCGACCUGCAAAACAUUGUAGGACUGAAAGCUGUAGUGCCUUUCUCUCCAGUCAAAAUGAAACUUUUAAAGAACAAUGGCCUGCCCUGAAUUCUAAUGGUUCUUCUUCCCAAGGUUCAUCGAGAACAUUUCAAGGGACACUGAUGUCUACGAAUGUGAGCUCUGAGAUUCAAGUGUGUCUAUGAAUCAGAAAUUUCUUGAUGCUUCUACUUCUAAAGUUGACGACUGGAAUGUGAACCUUGUGAGGCUGGAAGAGACUAAAGUGCAACAAGAGCAAGAAAAGACAAAGAUGCAGAAUGAGGUCGAUGAUGCAGUUGAAAUGCAAGAAAAUGCAGAAAUUCAGAACAAGGACAAUGACUUCGUCGUCAGGAUGCAAGAAGACGCACAUAUUAAGGACGAGGACGAUAAAAUCGUGCUCAAGCUACAAGAAAAAAUAAAAAAUUAGAAUGAAACUGGAGUCAGAAUUGUGGUCGAGAUGCAAGAAAAUUCACAAAUUCAGAAUGAGGGCAGUGAGUGCCCAUAAGGAGAUAGCCGGGCCCUAACACGGGUGAGCAGCAGAGGGUUCCGGUGUCAAAUUUGAC